ACUUGCCAAUUUUGAAAAAGCAGCUUCAUCCAAAAUCAAAUAAUGGAAGAACUCAACUUGAAGAUAAUAAUACUAGUUUUGUUGAUGGGCGUAGCAGUAAGUGGUGGAGAAGUAGAAUACGUGAGACCUCCAGCGCGUAAAGCUUUUCGUUUGCCGUGGGAUCCAAAGCCUUCUUCGCAACCUCAGCAGGUUCACAUCUCAUUAGCUGGGGACAAACGCAUAAGGGUAUCAUGGGUCACAGCUGAUAAAUCUUCUCCUUCAAUUGUUGAAUAUGGAACAUCCACUGGAGAAUACAGUAGUAAAGCUGAAGGAGAAAGUACCAAGUACAGUUACCUGUUAUAUAGUUCCGGAAUAAUACACCAUACUGUGAUUGGACCAUUGCAAGACGACACAGUGUACUUCUACAGAUGUGGUGGAGAAGGUUCGGAGUUCCAGCUCAAAACUCCUCCAUCUAAGUUUCCAGUUACUUUUGCUGUGGCAGGAGAUUUGGGCCAGACUGGAUGGACAAAGUCCACUUUAGACCAUAUAGACCAAUGUAAAUAUGAUGUUCAUUUGCUCCCUGGUGACCUUUCUUAUGCUGAUUAUAUUCAGCAUAGGUGGGACACAUUUGGUCAACUGGUUCAGCCACUGGCUAGUGCGAGACCAUGGAUGGUGACUCAAGGGAAUCAUGAAAAAGAAAACAUACCACUCAUUGUGGACAAAUUUAUAUCUUACAACUCCAGGUGGAAGAUGCCAUUUGAGGAGAGUGGAUCUACUUCAAAUCUCUACUAUUCAUUUGAUGUUGCAGCGGUUCACACAAUCAUGCUUGGUUCAUAUACCGACUAUGAUGAGUACUCUGAUCAAUAUAGAUGGCUGAAGGCUGAUCUUCUAAAAGUGGAUCGUAAAAAGACUCCUUGGUUGGUUGUGUUAUUCCAUGUGCCAUGGUAUAAUAGUAAUGAAGCCCAUCAAGGUGAAGCUGAUGACAUGAUGACAUCUAUGGAGCCUCUGCUGUAUGCAGCCGGUGCAGAUAUAGUGUUUGCUGGGCAUGUUCAUGCUUAUGAGCGCACGAAACGAGUUUAUAAUGGUAAACCUGAUCCUUGUGGUGCUGUCCACAUAACAAUUGGUGAUGGAGGAAAUAAAGAAGGUUUAGCGCGCAAGUACACCCUACCCCAGCCAGAAUGGUCCGUAUUCCGUGAAGCAAGCUUUGGCCAUGGUGAACUUGCGAUUAUUAAUUCAACUCAUGCCUCCUGGAGUUGGCAUAGAAAUGAUGAUGAUGAACAAGUGAGGUCUGAUCAGGUUUCGGUUACCUCAUUGAUUGGUUCAGGAUGCAGGAGCAUUGGAGUCCCGAACUAAUCCUGUGGAUCCUUAAAGCUCUCUUUGAAACAGAAACCAACUACUUACUCGUAUCAUAAACUUGAUUUAGGAGAUAUAUUAAGGUACAGAAAGGACCAUUAGUUCCCUAGUUUUUGUCUCUAAAUGUAACGUACCUCGUAAAUUUUAUUUCUUUACAGGAUUAUUAUUUAGUACUUACCUUCAA